GCGACGACCGCGAGUCAAUGCGGGGCUCCAAUCCCCGUGGGGUGGUUGGGCUGCUUGCUAGCCGGGCGGCUGUCGGAACAGGCAGUCGGGUUAAGCGUCUCUGCUGCAGCGGGAGGGAGAAGACGUAGGAGCCUCAACAUCGGUGGGGGCGGGAGAGGAGAACCAAGGGCUGUCCCUGCCGCGGAGCCGGCAGUCAGCAGCCUGCAGUGAGCGCAGCGGGCUCGGAGGAAGCCGGUGCCGGAGCGGGGAGCCCCCGGAGGGGGGGCUCAAGCAGCGGCUGCCGCAGCGAUGGGGAACCGUGGUAUGGAAGACCUGAUCCCGCUGGUCAACAGACUGCAGGAUGCCUUUUCCGCCAUCGGCCAGAAUGCCAACCUGGACCUGCCGCAGAUCGCUGUGGUGGGUGGCCAGAGCGCCGGCAAGAGCUCGGUGCUGGAGAAUUUCGUGGGCAGGGACUUCCUGCCCCGUGGAUCUGGCAUUGUGACCCGUCGGCCUCUAGUCCUGCAGCUGGUGAAUGCCACCACAGAAUAUGCUGAGUUUCUCCACUGCAAAGGGAAGAAGUUUACAGACUUUGAAGAGGUCCGACUGGAGAUUGAGGCAGAGACUGAUCGUGUCACUGGCUCCAACAAGGGCAUUUCAGCAGUGCCCAUCAACUUGCGGGUCUAUUCUCCACAUGUGCUGAACCUGACCCUGGUGGACCUGCCCGGAAUGACCAAGGUCCCAGUGGGGGACCAGCCUCCAGACAUAGAGUUCCAGAUCCGAGACAUGCUUAUGCAGUUUGUCACCAAGGAAAACUGUCUCAUUCUGGCUGUAUCCCCUGCCAACUCUGACCUUGCCAACUCUGAUGCCCUCAAGAUUGCCAAGGAGGUUGAUCCUCAAGGACAACGCACCAUAGGGGUCAUCACCAAACUGGAUUUGAUGGAUGAAGGGACUGAUGCCCGAGAUGUUCUAGAGAAUAAGCUGCUGCCCCUGCGAAGAGGCUACAUCGGAGUGGUGAAUCGGAGCCAGAAAGAUAUUGAUGGCAAAAAGGAUAUCACAGCAGCCCUGGCAGCUGAACGAAAGUUUUUCCUGUCCCAUCCGUCUUACCGCCAUCUGGCUGAGCGCAUGGGUACACCUUACCUACAGAAAGUCCUCAAUCAGCAACUGACUAACCAUAUCCGGGACACUCUGCCUGGACUUCGGAACAAGCUGCAGAGUCAGCUGCUGUCUAUUGAGAAGGAGGUGGAAGAGUACAAGAACUUCCGUCCUGAUGACCCCUCCCGCAAGACCAAGGCUCUCUUGCAGAUGGUCCAGCAGUUUGCUGUAGACUUUGAGAAACGAAUUGAAGGUUCAGGAGACCAGAUUGACACCUAUGAACUGUCUGGAGGGGCCCGAAUCAAUCGCAUCUUCCAUGAGCGUUUCCCCUUUGAGCUGGUCAAAAUGGAGUUUGAUGAAAAGGAGCUGAGGCGGGAGAUCAGCUACGCCAUCAAGAACAUUCAUGGCAUCAGGACGGGUCUCUUCACACCUGAUCUUGCUUUUGAAGCCAUAGUGAAAAAGCAGGUGCAGAAGUUGAAGGAGCCCACUCUCAAGUGUGUGGACAUGGUAGUCAGUGAGCUCACAGCCACCAUCAGAAAGUGUAGCGCAAAGCUCCAGCAGUACCCCCACUUGCGAGAAGAAAUGGAACGCAUCGUCACCACUCAUAUUCGUGAGAGAGAGGGGAAGACUAAGGACCAGGUCAUGCUUCUUAUUGACAUUGAAUUGGCCUAUAUGAACACUAACCAUGAAGACUUCAUCGGCUUUGCUAAUGCCCAACAGAGGAGCAGCCAGAUGAAUAAGAAAAAGGCAGCAGGGAAUCAGGACGAGAUUUUGGUGAUCCGAAAGGGCUGGCUGACCAUCAACAACAUCGGCAUCAUGAAGGGAGGCUCCAAGGAAUAUUGGUUUGUGCUGACAGCUGAAAACCUGUCCUGGUAUAAAGAUGAUGAGGAGAAGGAGAAAAAAUAUAUGCUCCCUGUGGACAACCUGAAGCUUCGGGACGUGGAAAAGGGCUUUAUGUCCAGCAAGCAUAUCUUUGCCCUCUUCAACACUGAACAGAGGAAUGUCUACAAGGAUUACAGACAGCUGGAGUUGGCCUGUGAAACUCAGGAGGAGGUGGACAGCUGGAAAGCAUCUUUCCUGAGGGCUGGGGUAUACCCUGAGCGGGUUGGGGACAAGGAGAAAGCCAGUGAGACGGAAGAGAAUGGCUCGGACAACUUCAUGCACUCCAUGGACCCCCAGUUGGAAAGGCAGGUGGAAACUAUCCGCAACCUGGUGGAUUCUUACAUGGCCAUCGUGAACAAGACUAUCCGUGACCUCAUGCCCAAAACUAUCAUGCACCUCAUGAUAAACAACACCAAGGAUUUCAUCCACUCGGAGCUGCUGGCCAACCUGUACUCGUGCGGGGACCAGAACACGCUGAUGGAGGAGUCCGCGGAGCAGGCCCAGCGGAGAGAUGAGAUGCUGCGCAUGUACCACGCCCUGAAAGAGGCCCUGGGCAUCAUCGGGGACAUCAACACCACCACCAUCAGCACGCCCAUGCCCCCGCCCGUGGACGACUCCUGGCUGCAGGUGCAGAGUGUACCGGCCGGACGCAGGUCGCCCACGUCCAGCCCCACCCCGCAAAGGCGAGCCCCCGCCGUGCCCCCAGCCCGGCCCGGCUCCCGGGGCCCUGCUCCUGGGCCUCCGCCUGCUGGGUCCGCCCUGGGGGGGGCGCCCCCCGUGCCCUCCAGGCCGGGGGCUUCCCCUGACCCAUUUGGACCACCCCCUCAGGUGCCGUCAAGGCCCAACCGUGCCCCCCCGGGGGUUCCCAGAAUCACUAUCAGUGACCCCUGAGGACUCCCGCCACGGAAGGGCCCGGCCUCACCUACGCGACCUGCUGUCCCCCGACCGGCUGAGCCUCCCCUCUUAGACUUAUAACCUUGAGGCCUGUAGGCCACUGGCACCCAUUGCAUGUUCACACUAAGGGAGGAACCUUUAGGUUCUCCACCCCUACCAAGGAGGCUGUCAGUGCCUGAGGGAACAGAUAGUAUCCUCAGCCACCUGCCCCUGGAGCUUCACCUUUAGACUUAGCCCUCUUCACCCAGUGUUUUCCAAUCUUUAAAUCUAAUCUCCAACUGGAUGUUUGCUGGGUGGGGUAGAAACCAUGGAGCUGUCUUAAAACAAAGGGGCUCUCCUUUGGGGCAGACAGGCCUAGGUCUGGGACUGUGGGAAUAUAGAGACAGAGCAUAUGAUUAGCAGCUUCUGGUGUGGCGCCUUGGGUGCAGUGAAUGUAUGGAGAGCGUAUGGAUGUGUGGGGAAAUGUUGGCUCUUUGGUGGGGAGUAGGGAAUCAAACUAGCCUCCUCUCCCAUCUCCCUACAAAGCCCAGGUUCUCUCGGCUAAUUCUGGGUGCCCCUACCUUUCCUUUCCAUUCCAGUGCUUCCUCUCUCCUUUCUGGUUGCAAUCCAAUUUCCUUUCCGCCUUAUUUGGCUGCUACAAAUGGUGGGGUGGGAAGGGGUUUGGUCACAUCUGCGGUUUUCCUACCUUACCAGUUUUCUUCCCCUCCUUUUCUUUCCCUGUUUUCUCUUCAACUGCCAGCCGAGCGGGUCAGGCAAGUCCAUCCCGUCCUGAGAGCCCUAGACCCCCCUUCGACCUCUAACCAGCUCCUUCCUCCUUGGUGACACCCUCUCCCUAACCCUUUUACUGCUGUUCUGUGACUGAUGGUGGCUGCCCUCCCAAACUUCUCCAUGAAUUGGUCUGUCAUAGUUGUGAGCUGACAUAUAUCCAGGUGUGACCUUAGUGAAAACCUGUGCUCAGAAAAUGCCCCCUCUGUGGUAUUUCUCCCACCCAAAACUUCUAUAAAUAUCUAUAAAUACACAACAUACAUACAUACAUAUUAAAAAUAUAUAGAGAGAGGAACACAACCUUGCUCAGGUUGGAAGUCAAACCAUCUGCUGUCCUUGUGGAGUUUUGUUGCCCAAGUAGAAGGGGAUGUUGUUGCUCUGGAUUCCCCACCCCCAAAAACGUUCCAUCCACCUGGCCAUUCCUUGAGCCCCACUGUCUCACCCAUGCCAGGGACAGCGGGGCACUCCUCCUUCCUGUUGAUGUGUGAGUGCUGUAUCAGUGGCUGCUAUGGCUCUGUCACUUCUCUCUGUUGCGCUGUCUCUUGGCCGAGAAUAAAAUUCAUUUCUGUAUGACACCAAA